AUGGUAGAAAAAGUUAACAAUGUGUGCUUGGACGAUAGUCCCUAUCUAGCUCGAACGCUCGUCGUACCCAAAAAAGGGAAAGCCCUUGUUCGGUUGGCUAAUUUAAGUGAUAAAUCUAUAACGUUGAAAGCUAAUAAAGUAAUUGGCCGAUUUUACCACUUACAUCAGAACAGUGGUUCAGUAAGUGUAUUUGACGUGAAAUCGAGUCAAGAGAGUGAAAGCUGCAAGCGUGCGGAAAGAUUCAGUGAAAUUUAUCUUUCAGAAGAUGCGCAUGAACUUUCGGAAGAACAGAAAAUUCAAUUUUCUGCUCUUAUCGAAGAAUUUAGUGAUAUCAUAGCUGAGGAGAAUGGCGAACUUGGAUUGACGGACUUCAUAGAGUACAAGAUUGAUACUGGCAACGCUGCGCCUAUCAAACAACCGCCCCGUCGUCUACCACCAUUUAAGAGAGANCCCAUAACAACUACAAAGGAACAGUCGGCCGCGCAAAGACAAUCAAAAGCGGCGAAAAAGUCUUUAUUUCCAAGUCAAACUGUUGAAGGUACCACAGUGCUUCUUGUAACCCCGAUUUCAACUCCACUGUUGCCUCCUUUAUCGUCUCAACUGCCCACUGUAGCGUUGAGUUCUGAGACUUCGAUCGCCGCCCCGAUCCCACACGAUCCACGUCACCAUGCUGUUAUAAGCCCGCCAACUCAAGAUAAUACUGCAACUGCUUCCCGUAAAAAUAAAGAAACCGCAAAUAAUCAGGAUCAGGAACCGUCUGUCGAGGUACGUCUCAACUAUCCUGGGUGUGAUAAAAACUACAACAAUAUAUUGAAAGAAGACCUUGRGCCUCUUGGGAAAGCACUUGCAAGAAAAGUUUCUUAUGAUAAGAUUGCAACAGCCAUUUUCAGGUCACAAAAGUUGAAAUACUKGGUCAUCAAGAAAAUCCUCACUAAUGUAACAAAGGAGUGCAUUGGACUGUGCUCAUUAAAGGAACCAUCUAUAUUGAGGUCUAAAGAGCCAGAUGAAAUGAAGAACUUUACUUUGUCCAAAGUAAAUGACGAGUUCAAAACACGAGCACCAUUGUUCUACUCCUUCCUUCUUAGCUGUGCCACAUCAGGCAAUAAAGAUGAGCCCAUGCCUAGUGUUGCUGUAGCAGGAUCUGUCUUAUUGAGGCAACGAAAUGUUUUUAUGAAUGCUACUCAAUCAUUAAUAUCUUUGAUGGUAAAGCAAAAUGGUGUUCAGAAACUUCUCAACCGCUUCAACUCAAUGAAGCUAUCACUAUCACCAAAAUCUACAUUGAAGAGAUUGGAUACCUAUGGGUUAAAGUUUGAAGAAGAAGUUAACAAAAUAAAAGGCAAAACGUCUGUAAAUCAGCCUAGCACAACAACAGAUAUACAUGCUUCAGCUUCCAGAAGUGAGGAAGUUCCAGACUGCCACAACAGCUACAAGAUUGUUCUUGAUAAUAUUGACCUUAAGAUUCUUGCAAGAGAUAUGACAUCUGAAAGACAAAACAAGGACAUACACUGGUGUAACCACAUGGCAGUAAAAAAUAGAGUGGUAGAUCAACAAAAUAACAAGAUUCAGACCGACCUUCUGGAACUUGACAAUUCCAAGAUUCUACCUGAAGCAAGGGAMAACCAACUACUAAGAGGAGAUUAUAUACAACUUGUUGCUCGCAUACUUGUUGAACACCUUCCUUGCUUUAAAUUCUUAGAAAAAGUGUGUCCUAAACACAUCCCACACCACUACAGCAAGGAAAUGGCCACAUCAUGA